AUGAAGUUUUCCAGAUCUACUUCCACUCAUCUAACUAAUCUAUCAUUUAGAUCAAAUCAUAUUACUACUAUCUAAACUCCAUAAAGUAAUUCCAGACUUACACAAGUCAAUUCCAAAAUUGAAGAUCUCUUAAAAAAAUCUUAAACUACAUUCAUCAAAACAGAUAUUAAAUAUCAAUAAUUAGAUAACAAAUUAACAAAAACUAAUUCCUAUGCAUUAGUACUUGAGUAAAUCUAAAGAGAAAAAAAACAACUUUUAACCAUAUUAUUAUAGAAAGAUGGAAUUAUUAGAGAAUAAUAAAACAAAAUAACAUAAUUAGAUUUGUAAAAUAAGAGUCUUAUUAAAUAAUUAACUUAAUUUAAUAAUAUUCAACCUGAAAUGGAUAAAUUAGAAGAAUAAUGUUAACUAAUUAUUAGAGAUAAUGAAUAACUGAAAUAUGAAAAAAAUUAAAUCCAAACUUCUCUUAAUUAUCUUAAAUGUUAGAAUUUAUAAAUUAUAAGUAAUGAAAUUCGAAACUCAUUAUAACAAUUGCAUCAAUAAAUAAAAAAACACUAUUUAAAAAAUUACAAAGAUGAUUACUAUAGUUUAUAGUUAAGUCGAAUAUAACUAAAAAUGAAUGAUUUAGAUUUCUAUACCAUCUUACGAGAUUGUUUAGAUAGCAUACUCUAUAUGGUUAAAAACACAGAUAGUUCAAUCGAGAAUUUAAUAAUAAAAAAUGUUAAACCUUGA